UAAGAAGUUACGAGCGACUGCCUAUAGAGGGCUACACUUCCGGUUCACGGUUUGAAACUUCGAUAGUUUCACUUUAUCGUUAAAAAUACAAAUUAUUCGAGAACAAUGACGACGAAAUACGAUGUUAUUGAUUUCUUGAAAAAGGAUUAUAAAAAAUGGUCAAAUAAUUCAGCCAGCAGUGACGAAUGCAUCAUUAAUCAUUCGAGAAAAUUAAAAACUUUACCGCAAGCCGAAUGGCACGAAAAGCAUAAGGUCAUAGCUGAUUUAAAAGCUGCGUUACCGGAUAUAAGUCCUAGAAAAGUGCGAAGACAUUGUAUACCAUACCAUGAGGCAAUUCUUCUUGAACUUGAAGAACAGGGUUACAACGGAGCGUUUUAUUACAUGAGGGAACUUAUAAAUUUUGAUAGAAAGAUUGCAGAAAAAACCACUGGAACCAGGACGUGGAAAAAAAUAUGUUUAGAAAAUCGAAAGGAUUUUAUAGAUCAUUUAAAACAUGGAUUGAUGGCAUUCGAGGAUGCCGAAAGGGAAGGUGAUUACGUUACACGGGCUAUGUCACUGCUGGACGUUGCUCUAUUUUUUCAAUCAAAAGGCUGGGAAUGGAGGUGGGUCACCGAACGCCUUUACCAAGCUGCACUUUUUGCAGCGGAAUCGAUCGAAAACGAUGAGCUACGAACAAUCACUCUGAUACGUUAUUUGUAUGGUCGAUUUCUCUUUCAAGAAUUGAAGAAUCCAAAGAGCGCUAUAGAUUACCUAAAGGAGGCACGCGAAGCAUCAGAGAAAAAGACAUGGAACGCUUCGAAGAUAUUGGGCGAAAGGCAACGUUGUAUUUUCAUAGAAUGUAACAUUAUUUUGUACAAAGCUCUGUUGAUCCUCGCUCGCAAAGAACGUCCAGAAAAUCCUGAUUUCGCUCUGAAUGCGUGCAUCGAAGCAUUAGAAAGAGCCACGGAUGCUGGCGACAACGAGUAUCUAACUGAAGUUUUGUACGAACUUGGAAAAAGUUACUUCGCGAAGAACGAUAUGAUACGAGCCUUGCAAAGUUUCUCCAAAUUUUUGGCCAUCGCGAAGAGGAUCCCGGAUCCCGAAGGUGUUUGCAACGGUCAUAUGGAACUAGCAUUUACUUACAAAGAAUUGGGGGACGAUGCUCAUACUGAGAAACACUUGCAUCUGUGCCAAGAAAACGCUGACAAUUUUGAUUUUAGAGAGAAGCUGGCUGAUUCGCACUAUUACAUCGGUGAACAUUACUUGAGUCAGGGAAAAUUGAACUUAUCCACUGUUCACUUGGAGACCGCUUUGUGCAUAUAUCAUGAACUUAGCGCAUCUCAAGAAGCUGAUCGUGCUAGAUGCAUUGCUGGAAUUUCAAAAGGUUUCUCUUACGAUUUGCAAAUAUCACAUUGAUAAAAGACAAAAUUUAUUUUUAGCAGAUUCAAUAAAACAAAUACAUUUAGAAAUACGCGCUUACUAGUUUAUUACGGUGUUCCAUUUUACAAUGUAACAAUGUGUAACAGGCGUGGGCUAAGUGGAAACGAACAUUUACCUACAUUAAAAAUACAGAUGAUAUAAUAUAUGCGUUAGAAAUUAUAGACGUUUUCUUUUCCUUUUUCUUAAUUGCCUUACACCUAAUACGUUAAAAUAAAAUUGCAUGAUUGUAAAACGUAAUAUAUCCCCGCAGGGCAAGAGAUAAUCAAGGAAUAUUACAAUAUAUUGUUACAAUGCGGCGAAUACGAUGAAGAUGCUACAUUGAAAAUUUGUCGAUGGAAAUGUUGUAGGAAAAACUUUUGGGCCAAGAGAAUAGAAGGUGACGAUAAAUUUAAAUUUCUUUCUUAUAAUAAUUACGACCGUAAUACAUAUACAAAGUAUGUUUAUGAAUUUAUAUUUUUUUUAAUAUAUGUACGCCUGUGAACAUAUUAUAUAUGUUUCGUUCUAUUAUAUUUACACAAUGUAUAUUUCUUUACUUCAAAUUUCAACUGUCCAUUGCAUUACUAUGGUCGCUGUUUCUCUCCUUUUUGUGCUAAACUUGUUAAUAAUUAAUAUUUUCUUAAUUAUAUUUUUUAAUGUAGAAAACAAAUAAUAUUAAUCCUUACCCAUGAGAUUUAAUAAUUCUUAUUUAUAUUUUUAUAAAUUUUCAUGUGUAAUAUUUUUCUUUUUUUUUUCAUUUCUAUUGAAUCAAACUUCUUGAUUCUACAAUGUAUACUGAUUCCCUUAAACCUUAAAAACAUAAAAUACAUGAACAUACCGCUUGUAAACAGUCUUGUUCUCUGUCUUUUUAUACAUCCACCAUUUAAUAUUGCAGACA